ACAACAGAUUAUUAGAAUCUAUGGUGAAUGGUGAAUUCUCUAAACUCUAAAUUCUGACUAGUUCUAUACUGUCUGAAUAUCCACACCUAGUUUUGUCACUGUACACACCAUGUAGAUAUCCAAGCUAGAACAGGAGAAUGCCAAGGAGUACAAUAAAUAUAAACCAAUAAGUUUCUUACAGUGGUUAAAAUGAAUCUCUGACAUAAAUCGGCUUCCAGCCUUUAUUUUUCCUGACAGGAUCAACUGGAGCCCGGCUUGGUUGACAAGAUAGGAAUUAGUUUGAACGGAAUGCUGCUGAAGCCAAGGCUGGUUGACAUUCACAGAUGAAAACCUUCUUACAAAUGAGGUACAUAAAGACUACAGUCACCUACAGAACUACAAGAGGCAAUCUACAGGAACGAACGGAAAAGUAAGAGGAAAGAUAAAGACCAGAAGAAAUGUUUACCUUGGAAGAAAUCUCUUCAGUGAGUAAACCCCCUCCAUCCUUCCGAAUCUUUAAACCGUGGUGGGAUGCUUUCAUGGAUUACUUGGCCUUAACCAUGUUAAUGAUCGCUGUGUUCGGGGGCACCACCCAGAUAUACAAGGAGAAGACUGUGUGCUUACCAAUUACAAUUAACAAGACAGCUCGCUCAAGUAUAGACGCUAACUUCAGUCGGCGAGAUAUGUUUGUGGAUUUUAAUGUAUCCAUUGAUCCCAGAUCCAUUCGCCAACGAUAUGAUUCAAUCUCACGUGAUGCCGCUAUCUACGCAGUUGUUAACAACAAGAGCCCCUUGGACUAUCAGCAAUACCGCUAUGUCAACCAGGCAUGCUACUUCCAAGCCGUGCCCUGGUUCCCUAAGUACUUCACCUACUUUAUACUUCUGCAGACUGUCUCCCUAAUGAUUUGUAGCAACUUCUGGUUCAAAUAUCCCAAGACCAGUUCCAAAAUCGAGCAUCUGAUAUUCAUCUUGGAGAAGUGUUUCGAGUCGCCGUGGACGACCGACGUGCUCUCCCUGGCGGUCACCGAGGACAGCAGCAAAAUGAACGUCAGGGUGCAGGAGAAGCGCAAAGGCACGGCGCCCAGCCAAGGCAUCAGCGAGUCGGUUCGAGGCUUAACCAAGAACCCGGCCAUCAAGAAACGGUUUCAGAUGCUGGACAAGAAAGACGGCGAGCAAGCCAAAGCCCUGUUCGAGAAGGUGAGGAAGUUCAGGCUGCACGUGGAACUGGAAGACACCAUCUACAAACUAUAUUUGGGGCAACUGGCCUUUAAAAUCGCACAGUGUCUGGUCGUCCUGUGUUACUUCGCCCUGUUCAUUCGGCAGGUCGGCUUUGACAUUCUCUGUCGCCCCGGCGUGGAGGCCGUGGUUGGUUAUGACUUGUUUAUUUGUUCGUUCAGCAUCGCCUAUUUGUUACGGAGACUGAUACUGGUCUACCUGCUUCUGGUCGGCGCGUACUUGGGGCUUUGUCUUCACACUCUCAUCUGGAUCAUAAGGACGCCGCUGAAGCAAUACUCCUUCGAAAAACGGGAGACCCAGUUCAGCGACAUCCCCGACGUCAAGAACGACUUUGCCUUCUUGCUGCACAUGAUCGACCAGUACGACCCCCUGUACUGCACCCGCUUCUGCAUCUUCCUGUCCGAGACCAGCGAAAAGAAGCUGAAGCUGCUCAGUUUGAACAACUACUGGACGGUGGAGAAGGCGAGGCAACAGCUCACCCGAAACAGCAAGGAACAACUGGAACUUCAGCUCUUCAUGCUAACAGGAAUCCCGCAAGCGAUCUACGAUGUGACCGAAUUACAGUCAUUAAACCUGGAACUGUGCAACGACGUUAAGAUCAGCACCAAGAUUACCCAACUUGUUAACCUGGAGGAGCUUGCCAUUGUAAACUGCAUUGUCAUCGUUAAACCAGCCGCGUUGUUCUUCCUGGGCAACCAGUUACACUCGCUGUCCGUCAUCUUUUCCGUUCACGACGAGGUGCCCGAGUGGAUCAACAAGCUGACCAGACUCAAGGAGCUCUCCCUGAUCGGCAACGUCAACAUAGACAGCAAAACAUUGGAACUAGAAUUCUUGAAAGAACUUCGAUAUCUGAAGAUCCUCCGGCUGAAUAGCAACCUGACGAAGAUCCCUUUCAACGUGCUGUACGUGGCGCCCCACCUGACCGGCCUUUCCAUCUUCAACAACAGGAACAAGCUGGAAAUGCUCCACAAUUUAGGGGGGAUGUUCAACUUGGCUCGCCUCGACCUACAAAAUUGUGAGCUGGACACCAUACCCCUGGGAAUCUUCAGUAUCAACAACCUGCAGGAGUUGAACCUCCAGGGAAACGCACUCACCCAUGUGGACGAACUGGAAUCUUUCCAUCGACUGCCGAGACUGUCCUCCCUCAAUCUUAGUAGCAACAAAAUCACUUCCCUUCCCGAUACCUUCACUUCCAUUGGCAACCUUGGACGUUUCAAUGUAUCAGACAAUCAGAUCGAGACGUUGCCAAAUAGUCUAUUUGCUAUUCAGAAACUAAAUUAUUUGGACGUCAGCGCCAACCGCUUGGCCGCCGUACCCUCGUCUAUUAAAUACCUCAAAAACCUUAGAGCUUUAGAUUUGAGCUCCAAUAACCUGCAAGCAUUACCAGACGAACUAUUCCAAUGUAGGAAGCUCAAGACUCUGAAGGUAAACGAUAAUUCACUGACCGUCCUCAGCGGGAAGAUUCAGCAAUGUACCCUACUUUCAAAACUGGAACUGAAAGGGAAUCCUUUGGAAGAACUCCCAGUGGAGAUCAGGCAGUGUACCAAACUGAAACGAAGUGGUCUGAUAUUAGAUGAGUUCUUAUCCGAGACACUUCCGAUGUCGAUCAAAGCAAAUCUGUCUUCUAUACAGGAUAUGCCAAUAGAUGUCAGGAUAUUAGCCCCCGGAAAAGGUUCACAUCCUCAAUUGGAAAACUCAGUUGUAUAAAGCAGGGAACGUGGUUACAACUAGAAUUUAUUUUGACUUCUGACUGCAAAUAAAUUCUAAACUUCAAACCAAACUCCUCAACUUGUAAGAUAACUGAACUGAAACGUAUUCCACGUCAUCUAUACGGAAGGAAUAAAAAUGAAUCUCUUAUUAAUUUGCGGACACAUAAGUGGUUGUCCUUGCUUUUCCUUCACCUUUGGGAGGAAAUAAUGUGAAAGACUAGCCAAUCCUGCAGAAAUAAUAUGGAACUUGAAACUAAUUAGAAUCUGACGCCAAAUUCCACCUCUGAUUCUCGGCAGCAAAUGAGGAAGGAACGACUUUUUGUCUAGUUUUAAGAUCGAGAUGACUGCUGUUCAUCCUGGCGUUUACUGUUUGUUCGCUGUAGAUUCCAUUAUAGACAUCGGUCCGGGUUGUUGACUUCUCGGCUGCGUUUGUUUCAGACCGAUCAGGAGGUGUGCUCCGCGCAGACGAAUGAACAGGCAAGUGUUGUAUUUGUUCGGGGGAACUGUAACACAGACUGUGUUACUGUGUGGUUUGAGGAACAUUAUCACUGUCGAUCUGCAGCAGAACAAGAAGGGUCGAUGGUUUGAAUAUCCGCGGAAUACAUCCACUCUGAAACCUCCAGCGGAUCCCUUUAUCGUCCGCUGCCAUUUAAAAAAAAUCAUCUUAAACACAAGCCACAAUUGAAAUGUAAUGAGUACAAUUAAAGAUUAAAAUUGUCAACGCGCGU